AUGGCUGAUCUGACAAGAGAAAAAUAUGCGGAGACCAGCAGGUUGAUAGAGGAGCGUAAGGACAAAGCUUUUGAACAACUAAAUGCACAGAUGAAUGAGAAAUUUAAGAUUGAAGAUGAUCGUCUUGCUAGAGGAGCUGCAGAGGUAGAAGUUGAGUACCAAAUAAAAGAUAAAGAGAAAGAAAUGAAAAAAAAGGCUGCUCUUGAAUCCAUUGAAGAAAACAGAGUCACUGUGCUAUUGGAUUUUCUGGUAUCAAGUAACCUUCGUAUUUUAUGCUCCCUCUGCACAGCACAUCAUUGGAAAGAAAAGGAUGUUCUAGAUGAGUUUUUCCUUCGAAAAGAAAGAGAUCUUCGCCAGGUCAUUGUAUUGCCAAAAGCACAAUGGGAAAGGAUUCAGGGCUGCAUUAGAAAAUGCAGCCCUGAUGAGAAAAAAGAACAGGAAGAGGUAGACUUGGACUCCAAAGAUGCUGGAAAAGAAGACGCACGCAAUGCCACUCUGAACCUGAUAAAACAGAAACUUCAAGCCAAAAAAUUACGUGAAGAAAAGGAAGAGGAAGAAAGAAAGUUACUUGAUUUGGAAGAAGCAAAGUUCCAAGCAGCAAAACGGAAGGAGGUUAUUGAUCGUGCAAAAACCUACCUAUUUUAUCAGGACGACAGAAUGAGACAGUUCCAUAGUGCACUUCUACUUACUAAGGUCCUAAACGAAAGAGAUGCUCAAGUUGAAUUUCUAAAGUCAAGAUUAGUUGAUACCAAAAAGAAGGACUAUGAAGAAGAGCAACGUCGAUUUAAAGAAUACAUUCUCAGUGAGCAAGAAAAAGCACAUCAGCAUUAUAUGAAUAAACAGGCACUAUGGAAAGAGCAGUUACAACAAAUAAAGGAGCGUGAGCAUCUGGCAGAUCUGGCCAAAGAGGAAAGAAAAAGAGAAGAGGAAGAAUUACAGAGAUCAGUCCAACUGUACCAACUGGAAACUCAGAGACAAAAAGAAAAGGAACACGAGGAAAAACUUGCACGCCGGAAGCUGUAUCAUGCGUAUCUAAAUGACCAGAAAAUAAUCAAAGCAAUAGAGGAACAAAACCAAAUGGAAGAAGAUGAGCGGAUCAAAGCUCAUUUCAAAGCAAAGGAAAUUAUUGCCCAGAUGAGAAAAAAGAAAGAAGCUGAAAUGCGUAGACAAGUACAGGAACAACGGGACAAAAUCAUCAGUCAAUUAGCUGAACAAAUGAGUGAGGCAUUAAGGAAGGAAGAUGGUCGACUGGCUAGAGAUGCUGCAAGAAAAGAAGCUGAAGAAGAAAAAAAAUGCAAAGAGAAAGAAGCAAAACAAAAGGCUGCCCUUCAAUCUAUUACUGAACACAGAGCCACUGAGAUGAAUUUAAAAGAGGAAAAGAAGAGAGAGGAAAAAGAAGAGGAUGAGAAGGAUCGUAAUCAGUGGAUGACAGAAAAUGACGUCUACUUGGACAUGGAAAAAGCCAAGAAACAAAGACAGCGUGAUGCAAGCAUGGAAAUACAGAAAUUUCAGCUCCAGCAAAUGGCUGAAAAGCAGGCAAGGAAAGAGCAGGAAAAGCAAGCAGACUUGGACUACAAUGCUCAGAGAGAGGCUAUUGCACUUUAUAAAGAGCAAGAGUUUCAGAAAUAUGCAAAGGAAUUAAUUGAAACAGAAUCUAAGACGACACAUCAUCUUUAUCCUCUUCUCAAAGUAUGUGAAAAUGGAAGAGGACUUGGACAUAGGCCAUUUUUCUGAGAGAAGAAGAAAUAAAUACUAGUUUCCAAACAUAUAAUUCUAUGUUGGGACCUAGUUACCUUGUUGUAACUGUAGUGCUGCUCAAGAAACAAAAAAAUGAAGCAAUGUUUUUGUUUAAAAAAGUUUUUUAAACUGUCCACCAAGGAAAGGCAGAAGCCAUUUUCAAGUUAAAUAAAUGUUUUUCAACCAUA